AUGCAGACUAAGGCUCUUGCUGCCGUCCUCAUUUCGGCCGUCUACCGAGACAUCGGUUCCAGUACCAACAUUGUUCUCGUCAGCACAGUAUGGACUGCAGCGCAGCUAAUCGCACUCCUACUAUAUGGCCGUCUGAGUAGUGGCCGCUUUGGACGCCGCAACUUUGCUCUCGGUUCAUGUGCACUUGCCAUCAUCGGCGGUAUCGUUGCCGCGACGGCCCAGUCCAUCGAGACACUGGUCGGCGCCGAAGUCAUCAUGGGUAUCGCAUCCGGUGUACCUGCAGCCUACUCUUUACUCGCUGGUGAGCUCGUGAGCAACAAACACAAGUACUUGGGUACUGCCCUCAUGGUCGUUCCCAAUGUCAUUGCUACCGGCUUUGGGGCAUACAUCGGAUUGACGCUUGUGCAGGUAGCAAACUGGAGAUGGAUCUUCUACAUCUACAUUACCAUGAUGAGGUAUCUAAAUACGACCGCAGUUCCCGGCACGGCUCUGUAG